CGGCACCAAAUUUUGUUUCUUUCCGAGUCCGUCCACCAGCUCCCUUUUGCUGUCGGUCCAUGUCUUCUCCUAGAGCUAUCAUACAAAUUCUCUUAACGUCAACACGAAUUCUAGGCAAAGCAUUUUUUGAAGCUGGUCGACAAGCCGUGAAAAAUGCCAAGGCUGCACCACAGGCUAUAGGAAGUGACGUCGCAGGUGUCAGCAACGCUCGGUCGGGUUCGCUAACGGAUCAACUCACGCGACAACAUCGAAUGACGCUGGACGAAGCCCACUUGAUUCUGAAUACUAAACGGGGCGAAGAGAUGGAAAAAAUUCUGCAGCAUUACGAGCACCUGUUCAAGGCCAACUCGCCUCCUGCACAUGCACCGAAAGCACCAACGCAUGGUCGGUCGGCGGCUCCCCCUCUGAAUUCCCAUUAUCUCCAGUCCAAGGUUGUACGGGCGCGAGAACGAAUAGAAGCUGAACUAAAAGGCGUAGAGACGGGGGAAAGUACAGGUUCGCCACCACCACCACCACCAUCAUCGCAUAGCGACUCACCUGUGGGAGGCUCAUCAUGACGUUGGCAUGCAUAUAACUGCU